AUGAAGAGAGUAAACACCAGGAUUCAAAAUAUGAUUUCUAGCUGCCUCAACUAUUCAGAUGACAAAGAGAAUGAUAAUCAAGAUUUUUAUGAUAACUCCAGACCAAGCAGCCCAAUCCAGGUUCCUUCAGGUUUGCUGCAAAAACGAGGAAAAUUGAGUACGCAUGGUGAAUUUAACAGUUUGCAUGAAAAAACGGCUUGCGGUGAUGGAGCUAUAUCCAAUCCUAAUUUGCCUGCUAAAUUACUUACAGUCUCUGCUGAUGUUUCCCAGAGUCCUCUGUCUCCUGUUCCGACUUCAGCUACAAAUUUUGUGAAGGAAAAUAAAACAUCACAUAGCCCUGUUGACACUUAUGAAAUCGAGACUGCUGAAAAAAGCAUAGAACCACCUCCAUACUCACCGCUGACCCCACGCCCAGUCAUCGCUAAAAAUAACGCAACUUAUGAAAUAGAAACUGCUGAAAAAAGCAUAGAACCACCUCCGUACUCACCGCUGACCCCAUGCCCAGUCACCGCUAGAAAUAAUGCAACUUCUGCAGAAACAUUUACUUCGGAAAAACUUAUUGGAACUCUUGCUGAUAAAACUGUAUCACCGCUUCCUUCUAUGUCUCCAGAAACGGCGUCUUUGUUUAAUAUUUUAGCUGAUUCAAGAGAAAUUAAUAGUUAUUAUCUGAAUAUUGAAGGCGUAUCUGACACCUCAUCGAUAACAAGCUUGAAAAGUGGCGAUGCUCCAUUAUUUAUUGAUAGCGAUGAUUCGGUUAAAGAUCCCGAUUAUUGUGCUUUUGAGAAUUAUGGCUCGAGUGGUGAUAGUUCUAAUAAUUCAAUUUCAUUGAUAACUGGUACUGCACAUGCAGAAAUCAACCAAACAGAUCACAGGAUUAACGAGAUCGCUAAUUGUCAAAUAGAAUUAAUUAAUUUAGGUCCUCUAAAUGCUCAACAGGAAAAUAUGCAUGACGAUAGUGAGAUGGCAUUUGUUUUAGAGUCUGACAAUGGUAAUGGUAAUAAUGAUAGUUUACGCGUAAUACAGCCUACGGGACGGCCAAAAAGAGGUAGAAAGCCAAAAUAUGGUGGUAUAUCGCGGGAAGAAAGGAAGAAACGUAAGUAUACAAAUUUGUCCUAUGUCAACUCUAAGAAAAAGAUUGUCAGUCCUAAAGAAUUUAUAGAUUAUGAAUGCAAUUGCCUAAAAAAGUGCCAUGAAAAUAUUUCAGUAGAAAAGAGAUUGGCUCAAUUUAAAAAGUUUUAUUCCCUAGGAUCUUAUAAUGCUCAAAAUAUGUUUUUAACUGCUUUAAUAAACGAACAGCCUGUGAAGCGGCAUUACGUUGCAACUGACAAUAAAACCCAAGUUUCGAAGAAAAAGUCUUAUUCACGCCAAUAUUUUCUAGAUGGCGUAUCAGUUUGUAGAGAUAUGUUUGUCAAAACAUUGCAGACAUCGGCAAAGCGAAUUAAUACGUCGCUUUGUAAGAUGCGAUCAGACAGUUGCAUUACUGAUAAUCGUGGUUUACAUGGGGGUUUCAAUAGAACGCCUCCUGAAAGCGAGGAGUUCGUGAUUAACCUGAUAAAAAAGUUGCCGACAUAUAUAUCUCACUAUCGUCGACAAGAAACAGAAGGGGCUAAGUUUCUGAGACCUGACAUGACUUUAUCAAAAAUAUACGAGUUGUACAGCAAUGAAGCGAAAUCCACCGACAUUAAAUUAUUGUCUGCUGCAAAAGUCAAUAAAUUAUUUUAUACAAAAUUUAACCUGCGCACCAAGCCUCUCAAGAAAGAUACGUGCAAUAAGUGUGACUUUUUUGAAAGUCAAAUUCUUGUGUUGUCGGAAGAAAAUAGAGGUGACAUUAUACUAAAACGAGCAGCGCAUCAGGAAAUGGCAAAAACCUUACAAAAUCAGUUGAGAACUGACAUGGAACUAGCUAAAAAUAAUCCCACCGUCGAAACUCUUACCUUCGAUCUUCAAAAAACUUUACCGUUACCGCGCAUACCCACUAAUAUCGUAUUUUACAAAAGACAACUGUGGGUAUACAAUUUAGGUAUACAUACAGGAAGCAAAGACGAAGCUCACUGUAAUGUAUGGGUAGAAGGAGAAGCUGGAAGAGGUGCUCAAGAGGUGGGGUCUUGUCUAAUCAAACACAUUACCGAAAGGCUUGAUGACAAUGUGAAAUUUUUGAUUUUAUGGAGUGAUUCGUGUGGAGGUCAGAAUCGCAAUAUAAAAUUGAUAUUAAUGCUGAAAGCUAUGUUGAAUGAACACCCAUCUUUAGACCAAAUAAAUAUAAAAUUCUUAGAAUCAGGACAUAGCUUCCUCCCAAAUGAUACAGAUUUUGGAAAAAUAGAAUGUGCCUUAAAACGUCAACAGAGGCUCUAUACACCGGAUGAUUAUAUUCAUGUUAUGAAAACUUGUAAAAAAACCAAUCCAAUGCAUGUGCACAGGAUGAAAAAUGAAGACUUCUUGUCCUCAUUAAAAUUAGAAAAGAAUAUAAUCAACAGAAAGAAAACGGUAGAUGGAGAGAAAGUUUCAUGGCUUCAUACGAAAGAGAUAAUGAUUAAAAAGGAUGAAAUGUUCAAAAUUUACAUGAAAACUGAUUUGAAUGAAGAAUUUAAGGUAGUGGACAUAAAAAAAAAUGUUCGCGGAAGACAAUAUUUUAUAACAAAAGCGUUGAUGGCGCCACUUUGGCCAACAGGCAAACCUGUCCCUGACGCUAAAUUAAAAGAUUUAAAAAGUAUGCUACACCUUAUUCCGCAAGACUCACAUGAUUUUUAUGUAAAACUUACUGGAAAUGAGGAUACAGAAGACGAUAUUGACGGUUUUUCAGGUCAACCGGAUUUUGAACUAGAAACGGAUUUAGAUUAA